AUGAAUCAAAAUGAUAAUUAUUUCCCAUUGUCUUACAAUGAUCACAAUCACCCACUCCAGAAGUGGCGUUUACACAGCAACUCCAUGCAUAGCUAGCCCCUCAUUAAAAUCGAUUUUGAUCAUAAACCAAAAAUGGUGUAUCAAUUGCCAGAUGUUUUCAUGACAAGUAGACUAAAUUAAUUAAAACAAUCCUUUUGUGAAAAUCCUAAAAAAAGCAGAAAAGCAAGUAAAGUAAGUUUGAACAGUUUAGAGGUUUCCCCUAAGAUUCCAAAAUUGACUAAAAGCAAAGAACACAAGGACAAAGAACUAUCUGAGUUGCAUAAGAGUUACGGUCAAUUUAAAAAAUCACUUAAUCGAGUGAAGAAAUAACACUUAAUUGGUGAAAAUAAUUGUGAAAUCAAUCCAAUGAAUCCAAACUCAUCCUUUUACCUAAAUGGAGUCAAAUUACCUUACAGUUUGUACGUUAUCAAUAAGAAUCGUUAAAUGGCCAUUACUAAUAUAAUGAAUAAUGCAAGUCCGCAUGCUCAUGAGUAAUCGUAAUAGUAGAUCUAAAUGAUUGACAAUUAAAUCAAAAAAGUUCGUAAUAUUGGCCCUUAUAUCAGGGAUCUAAAAUCAGAGCAAGUAAAAAUUGAAGGAAUACAGGAGUCGAUCUUAUUUGCAAAAUGCGUAUUACUCUAUGUUAUGUGUGAACUCUGA